AUGACCUCCCUGCGGCAUAUCUUUCUACUGGUCGCCUCGUUCAUGCUUUGCGGUGUGCUCGCGACAGCAGAGUCACCAGCACGCGUUGCUGCAGCUACUGUACCCGGCUCGACUUCAGCAGCCACCGCCGCCGCGAAGCAGCCAUUGGCAAAGCCACCUGCAUCACCACGCCUCGCAAAGAGACGGCCGCCCAACCGCCCCGUCAAAGGCGACAAGUACUUCCAUGAGCCGGGCAGCGACAACGAGCUCGGCCACUACGACAUUCGCUAUUUCAAGGGCCUCGUCCCCUACGGCGAGCACCGCCCCGCCCUCCGCCAUCUGAUCCGCUCGUACCUGACCACGUUCCGUUCGCUCAACGUCGAGACCUGGCUGGCCCACGGCACGCUGCUCGGCUGGUGGUGGAACGGCCGGAUCAUGCCCUGGGACUACGACCUGGACGUCCAGGUGUCGGACGUGACGCUCUUUUACCUGGCCAAGCACUACAACCGCACCCUGCACACGUACCGCUACCGCGACGACGCCACGGGCGAGGACGUCGUCAAGGAGUACCUGCUGGACAUCAACCCCAACCACGGCCUGCCCCGCGGCGACGGCCUCAACAUCAUCGACGCGCGCUGGAUCGACACGUCCAACGGCAUGUUCAUCGACAUCACCGGCCUGGCCGAGCGCGAGCCGAAGCGCAGCCCGGGCAUCUGGAGCUGCAAAAACUUCCACCGCUAUCGGACGCGCGAGCUGUACCCCAUGCGCGAGACCGAGUUUGAAGGCGUGCCGGCCACGAUCCCGUACAGCUUCGACAAGAUCCUGACCGACGAAUAUGGCUCCAAGAGCCUCGUCGCUACGCAAUGGGAGGGACAUACAUGGAACCACGAGGCCAAGGAAUGGGUCAAGAACCCCCCACACACGAAGCAGGCGCACAUCGAUGCCACGGCCGAGAAAGCCGCUUCGUCUGAAAAGGACGCCGCACAGACGAAGCGCGGAUUCCACGGUGGCAUUUUUAGCCACUGA